AUGGACGCAAUUUUCCAAGACGCAAAUGUCAAUGGACGUAAAUGUCCGAGACGCAAAUGUCGAUGGACGCAAUUGUCCGAGACGCAAAUGUCGAUGGACGCAAUUGUCCGGGACGCAAUUGUCCAAGACGCAAAUGUCGAUGGACGCAAUUGUCCGAGACGCAAAUUUCGAUGGACGCAAUUGUCCGAGGCGCAAAUGUCGAUGGACGCAAUUGUCCGAGAUGCAAAUGUCGAUGGACGCAAUUGUCCGGGAUGCAAUUGUCUGGGACGCAAAUGUCUAGUACACAACAGCCCGUCCAUCAAUUUCCUUAUAGAGCUCGCCGCCGAUUCGUGCCUAAUCUAUUCCUGUCAAUUUCUUUCUCUCUUUCUUUAUUACUCACUUACUUGUUUUAUAUUUUUAUCUAUCUAUCUAUCUAUCUAUCUAUCUAUCUAUCUAUCACAAUGUCUUCAUUCUCUUUCUUUCUUUCUCAAUGUUUUCAUUAUCUAUCUAUCUAUCUAUCUAUCUAUCUAUCUAUCUAUCUAUCUACCAAUAUGUUUUUUUUUUUUCUUUUUUUUCUUUUUCAUAAUUCAUUUUUUUUAUCUUGACCAUUCUUUUCCUUAUCUAUCUAUCUAUCUAUCUAUCUAUCUAUCUAUCUAUCUUCGUUUUUUCUAA